UCCCAUGGUAUUAUCCCGUCGGACAUUUUAAGUGUAGCACACUAUCAGCCAGCUAUGUCGGUGCUGAAGUAUGUCUGUUCAGUAUUAGAGUAGUCUCUAUUUUGUGUCAGAUGGCUCGUUUAUUCAGAUCCAGUGCCUACGAUGUGUUAAUUUUGGGGCAAUGUGUUGAAGAAAAGUGAGGAUUUAGUCGCGGUAUUCAUCAUUUUUUUAAGGUAAAUUACACUUCCGAGCCAUGGCGUCACUGUCGGAGGAGGUGCUGCUGGUGUUAAAAAAGGUUCGCCAGAAGAAACAGGAUGGCACACUUUAUCUGAUGGCUGAACGCAUAGCCUGGGGCCCAGAGGGCAAGGACCGCUUCACUGUCAGCCACCUUUACGCAGAUAUACGUUGUCAGAAGAUCAGCCCAGAUGGCAAAGCUAAAGUUCAGCUCCAGUUAGUCCUUCACUCAGGCGAGAGUACCACAUUCCACUUUUCAAACGAGAGCACCGCGUUGAAAGACCGGGAGGCUGCCAAAGAACUGCUACAGCAGCUUCUGCCCAAAUUUAAGAAGAAAGCUAACAAGGAACUAGAGGAAAAAAACAGGAUGCUUCAAGAAGAUCCGGUGCUUUUUCAGUUAUAUAAAGAUUUAGUGGUAAGCCAAGUGAUCAGUGCUGAGGAAUUCUGGGCUAACCGAUUAGGAGGCCUAAACAACACAGACCCUGCAGUAUGUAACAAUAAACAGGAAGUCGGCAUUUCUGGAGCGUUUUUGGCAGACAUCCGGCCUCAGACAGAUGGCUGCAACGGUUUGAGAUAUAAUCUGACGGCCGACAUUAUUGAAUCUAUCUUCAGAACCUAUCCUGCAGUGAAACAGAAGUAUUGUGAAAAUGUGCCUCAUAACUUGACGGAGAAGGAGUUCUGGACUCGCUUCUUCCAGUCGCAGUAUUUUCACCGAGAUCGCAUCAAUACUGGAACGCAGGACAUCUUCACCGAGUGUGCCAAGCAGGACGAAAAGGGGUUAAAGUCAAUGGUGGUGCAAGGAGUUAAGAAUCCCCUGGUAGACCUGCAGUCGCUAGAAGACAAAUCCUUGGAUGAGGGUUAUGGUGUGAGCACACCACCGCCCUCCACUUCUAAUUGUAACAGAUCGGUGAAAGAGAGCAGCAACUAUGCCAUCAUAAAGCGCUUCAACCAUCACAGUGCCAUGGUGCUGGCGGCAGGCUCACGAAAAGGGGAGGCUGACCAAGGUAGUGAGACGAGCAGCACUGAUGGAAACUCACGGGAUUCCGACCUCUUUCAGCCUCCCAUCAAGAAGGUGAAAUUACAAGAAGCCAUAGAGUAUGAAGAUUUGCAAAGGGAAGACGGACCAAAAACGGUUGCAUUAAACCUAAAAAAGUCAGACAGGUAUGCUCAUGGUCCUGUGCCUCUCCAGUCCCAAAAGUACGCAACGAGCCAAGACAUCAUAAACUCUGUCAACCACAUCCGACAUGAGAUGGCUAAUUACACACCCAAUCUCACUCAGGUGUUGACCAGUGCAGCAGCAACUACAGCCAUUGCAGCGCUUUCUCCGGGUGGAGUGCUAAUGCAGACAGGAGCGCAGCAAGCCAUUAAUCAGAUGGUACCGUCUGAUGUUCAAGGGGAGUUAAAACAUCUUUACUCAGCUGCUGGAGAAUUGUUAAGACAUUUCUGGUCCUGUUUUCCCGUGAACUCACCAUUUUUGGAGGAUAAGCUAAUUAAAAUGAAGUCCAACCUCGAGAGAUUUCAGACCACCAAGCUUUGUCCUUUUCAAGAGAAGAUUCAGCGUCAGUACUUGAAUAAAAAUCUCACCGCACACUUGGAACAGAUGUUGCAGGCAGCGUACAGCAAGUUCCAUGUCUGGCAAACACGUCGCAUGAUGAGAAAAACCUGAGGCCUCCUGGUUUAUCAAGGAGAGGACAAUGAAGAAAGUGGAUAACGUGUCCUAUAGAGGUCAUCCCCGCGUGCUGAGACCGCUGAUCACAGCCAGAUGGGUUCACAGGAGCUCAUGAUGAGGACAUUGAUGAAUGCUGCUGCGUUUAGGAGAGACAUGUGACAUUUUAGUCACAAAAAACAUGUUUCUUACUCAUGUUCUUUCAACAUAGGAGAGAUCGGUUUCAAUAAUGGGACUUUUCAUAAAGGUACAACAUGACCACAUUUCUCAUGAAAAUCAUGACGGCUCUCAGGAUGACAAGCAAAGGACUGCCAAUGUGUUUUAUCAGUGCAGAGAACUCAAGACAUACAGGGAGCCCCUCUGGGCAUGGGACAAUAUGUGGAAAAGUGUUCCCCAGUUAGUGGAUUUAGCAAUAUUCUAAAGACAUGGCACUGGAGUGUAUUGGUAUGUGUGUAAGUGUGAGGCACAAUUCACACUGUCACAGUUUUGGUUCUAUCUGCACUGUACACACAAAUGUUUCUCAAUUAAAGAGGUAAAACGUG